AUGUCUAACCUAGAUGUGGAGGCCCUCCUGGACGCGACCGCCAACGGAGCGACAGACCCGAAGCCGACAACAGACGCCGACGACCAGUCGAACCGAGACCGCUCCGAGAGAAAGGAGCGGGACCGCGAGCGCGAGCGCGACCACGACCGCCGACGCCGCGAGCGCCGCGAUAGCGCAUCGCGCAGCCACCGAGGCACCCCCGACGAUCACAAGGCAGACACGCCGCGGAGCGACGCAGGAAGCCACAAGAGUAGGCGACGAAGCAGAAGCCGCGAUGAUGACCGCCGUCACUCACGCCGUCACAGAGAUGGCGACUACUACCGCGGCAGCGGCGGCGGGCGCGGCGCCCGUUCGCGCUCCCGUUCGCGCUCGCCGCACAGGUCGCGCCGCGGCCGUGACGACCGCGACUACCGGGACCGUCGCGAACGGGACCGCGACCGCUCCGACCGCUAUUCUGGAGAUCAUCGUCGUGGCCGCGACGACGACAGGCAUACGCCGUCCAAGCGCGAUGGCACGCCGCCGCUUACCGAAGAUGAGCGCGAUCGGAGGACCGUUUUCGUCCAGCAGCUGGCCGCCCGCCUGCGCACUCGUGAGCUGAAGGAGUUUUUCGAAAAGGUCGGCCCCGUCAACGAAGCCCAGAUUGUGAAGGACCGCAUCAGCCAGAGAUCCAAGGGAGUUGGUUAUGUUGAAUUCAAAUCCGAAGACACUGUCACGCAGGCGCUCCAGCUCACCGGACAGAAGCUGCUAGGUAUCCCUAUCAUCGUUCAGCUUACCGAAGCCGAGAAGAACCGUCAGGUUCGCACCACGGAAGCAGCCGGUACACAGUCGAACUCGAUCCCCUUCCACCGCCUCUACGUCGGGAACAUUCACUUCAACGUUACGGAGCAGGACUUGCAGGCCGUUUUCGAGCCCUUCGGCGAGCUCGAGUUUGUCCAGCUGCAGAAGGAUGACACUGGCCGCAGCCGCGGCUAUGGCUUUGUGCAGUACCGGGAUGCAGGCCAGGCUAGGGAGGCCCUCGAGAAGAUGAAUGGGUUCGACCUUGCCGGUCGUCCCAUCCGUGUCGGUCUCGGAAACGAUAAGUUCACCCCAGAGAGCACUGCCAACUUGUUGCAGAGAUUUUCAGGCCGCGAACAGCCCUUCCAGGGCUCUGCCUUUUCCGGCGCCGGUGGCCGUGGCCCUCAGAACUCGACGUUCGACCGCGCGGGCGGCCGCGACAGCGAAAAGUCGGGCGGCGCCAGUGCCCUCGACGACACGGAUGUCGCCGGUGUCAACUUUAACAACUACAGUCGUGAUGCCCUCAUGAGGAAGCUUGCCAGGACUGACGACGCGAGCAACGCCGUAGAUGAGCGCCAGACGCUGAAGCCCAAGACGGAGACUAAGCCUCUCCCGGUCAACGUGAACAUGGCCAGUCGUUGCGUCGUGCUGCACAACAUGUUUGAUCCCGAAGAGGAAGAGGGUGAGGACUGGGCCAAGGAGCUCGAAGAUGACGUGCGCCAGGAGGCCGAGAGCAAGUACGGCCGCGUCGUUCACAUCUCGGUAGACCCCAACUCCAAGGGCGACAUUUAUCUCAAGUUCGACAAGGUGCAGGGUGGAGAGAAUGCCAUCAAGGGAUUGAACGGCCGUUACUUCGGCGGCAGGAUGAUCGACGCGUCACCUGUUGUAGAUGCGGUCUACAGCAGUUUGUUCUCUCGCACCAGAGCGAUCUAA